AGUCUGUCUUGUUCACAGCCAGAAGAGAAUUUUAGAUUUUAUAACCUCAAAACUAUAAUUAUCAUCAGAUCAUCACAUUUUUUGAGUUCCAAUAUUAUUCAAUCAGUCUAAUGGUGAAAUAACUCCCUAUAUGAAUUAAAUAAUUUUAUCAAGUGUAGAAUAACAUUCCAUGAUAAAAAAAUGACAAAAGACGGCAAUCUAUUCUCUUUGGAUAACACUUAUCUGGAUAUGAAUAAGCCAUACCAUCAAAGCCAAGUCAGUUCUGUUCAGAAAAUAUUAAAGAAAAGCAUAUUGAAUUCAGAUUAUGAAAUGCUUGAGAGAGAUCCAGAGUGUGAAGCUAGUAUUAAACAACAGAAGAUACAGAAACUUAGAGAGAAAAAGUCAACAAAAGGCCCUGAUUGGUUCAACAUGAAAAACUCCAAAAUGACCAGAGAAGUUCAGAAUGACCUUAGAGUAUUGCACAUGCGUCAAGUGCUAGAUCCAAAACAUUUCUACAAAAAGAAUGAUAUAAAAGGAUUACCCAAAUACUUCCAGGUUGGAAAGUACGUGGAUUCACCGACAGAUUUCUACAGUGCCAGACUCUCGAAAAAGGAGAGAAAGAACACUAUAGUGGAAGAGCUGAUGGCUGAUGCUGAAUUCAUGAAAUUCAACAAGAAAAAACACAAGGAAAGAAAAAUAAAACAUAUUAAGACUCAUGCCAAAGCUCACCAGAAAGCUAAGAGGCUGAAAAAGAAAAAUAAAAAAUAAGGAGAAAAAUGUGAAAUUCAUUUCUUGUGAGUUGAAACUUCUUAUUCGUCCCAAUUACAUUAUAUAUUGUGAUUAACUACCAAUAUAGUCAUUUUACUUACAUACUCAUUCGCCGUAUUGUUUAGGGACUUGAUGUUCAAUAAAAUCAAUUCACUUGAAUCAAUGCUCCUUAUCGACGUUUCAGUGUUUUCUUGCAUGAGUUAUUAUUUGAAAGAAUUUCCGUUCUUAGCGAGUUCCUGCUUAUCACUGCAGCUUCAAGUCGUUGUGUGUGGGUUUGUUUGUAUGUUCUACGAUAAAUCGUACGUUCUUCACAAUAAUUAUUCUCAUCAAACCACUUGAAAUAAAAAUAAUGAAAGUUGUAUUGAUUUUAAUAAAAAUCAUCUGGAUUAACAAUUUA